AUGUGUGUGAGGACGCGAGGACGGGGGGAGCUGCAGAGCCUCCAGGCUCCCGCUCCACCUAAAGUCCUGAUUCCCCUCGUCUGCGGAGAGCUCCCAGCAAAGCUCUGUGCCCGAGCCAAACGCUGCAUCAUGCCGUGGAGGCUGCAAGGAUGCAGCCUCAGUCGGCUGCUGGCCGGAGCCACCCCGACAGCACGUGUGAACACCAGGCUCCUGAGCAAGCAGUGUUGUCCUGUCCUCGUCAACGGUGCUGUGCUGAGGCUCCCUGACUUGAGUUGGUUUUCUCAGAAGGAAGUGUCCCAGGACCUCUGA